AUGAGUGUGCCGUGUUUGUUGCGGGAGCUGUGCGACCUGCCGCCAAUGGCGGUCAAGCAGAGCCAACAGUUUCAAUCACUUGUAGCUCUGAAUCUAGACAGAGCUGAUCUCUUGGCUGCCAUUCUUACAUCCGAACAACAUUCACUCUCCUCCCUCUACACUUUGUGCCAUCUCCUUGAGGAGUUACCUGGUUCAUGGCCAGUCUUCCAACUCAUCAAGACUUACACGCGACUCUACACCCAACUCCCAGAAGAUGCCAAGACAAACAGCAACCACGAGCUCUCUUCCCUAAUUGAGCAAACCUCAGCGCUAGUCAAGAGCUCGUAUACAUCCUUUGCGCAGUUCAUUGGCUGCGAUGACAAGCCAGCCCUACGAGCCCCCACAGAUGAGGAUGUCAUCACCCAUCGCGAACUACGGCAGUUCGUUGACAACUUCCAACUUCCCGCUGAUGCAUCAGAUAAGAAACCUGUUGUUUCUAUCGCGUUGCCAAAUGGUCCUUUAUUAGCAGCAACAUGCAUCGCUGUUACGACUUACUACACCACAUCGCCAAUCAACCCCGCUGCUGGAGCGGAACAAUUUCGAGCAGACAUUCUACAAGCGCGAGCAGACUUUAUCCUUACGACGAAGGAUGAGUACGAGAAACUCCAACUCGAUGCCCGUUGGGUAUCAGAUAACAAUAUCCAGAUCUUCAUUAUGGACUGGACUCGAGAUGAAGGCAUUUCGCUAAGGACAGUUGAUGGAGAAGCAGUCCCCACUGGCAGUACACAACGAGUCGCUAACAAGGCUGAUGACAUCGGCCUGAUCCUCUUCACGAGUGGAACAUCGGGUACCAAGAAGGUAGUACCACUAACAGUCCACUCCAUCGUCGCCGGCGUCGCUUUCGUCAUCGAAUCAUGGGGCCUCACAGCCACCGACAUCUGUCUGAAUAUGAUGCCCCUCUACCACGUAGGAGGUUUAGUUCGUAACAUCUUUGCACCGAUAUUCUCCGGCGGCUCGACGGUCUGCUGUCCCUCCUUCGAUGCCAAUUUGUUUUGGGACGUGGCUGAGACCAUUCAACCGACAUGGUACUACGCUUCACCAUCGAUGCACUCUAUCAUUAUCGCAGAAGCAACUGCGAGACCUGAAGCUCUGCGGAAGAGUCGGAUCCGGUUGGCUUGUAACGCUGCGGGUGGGUUGCUACCGUCUUUGGCGUAUCAGCUGAGGGACACGUUCAACUGUGUCGUCUUACCGAGCUAUGGAAUGACAGAGUGCAUGCCCAUUUCUACACCUCCACUAGACUAUCGGCUCGAUCGCGAAGGUACAUCAGGUAUCAGCACCGGCCCCGAGCUCACCAUCCUCGACUGGUCCGAACAGAACGUCACAAACGGGACCGUCGGUCGCAUCUGUGUUCGCGGCGAACCUGUCUUCCCCGGCUAUCUCAAGCCCGAUGGUACAUACGACAAAUCACCUUUCAACGAGCACGGUUGGUUCGAUACUGGUGAUCUUGGCUACAUGGACGAUGAUGGAUAUCUUUACAUCACUGGUCGGAGUAAAGAGGUCAUCAACCGUGGUGGAGAGUUGAUCUCUCCAUUUGAGGUUGAGAAUGCCAUCAUGACGGCUUCAAGAUCGAGUGACUCGCCUAUUUACGGAAGGGUCUCACAGGCUUUGGCGUUCUCAGCAUCGCAUGAUGUUCUUCAAGAAGUCGUCGCUAUUGUCCUCGUCACACCUCCCAAUGUUCCGCGUGUUGAUCUGAGGACUCUUCACGGAGCGUUGAAGUCUUCUCUCCAACAAGCUAAGUGGCCUGUCCUGAUCACGUAUAUGAACGACCUUCCCAAGAACAACAACAAGGUACUACGUAUCAAACUUGGUCAGCGACUGGGACUUCCUUCUGUCACUGAUGAUACACCUUAUAUGGGAAGGCAUUGGGAUGCGGUUUGUCCUCCGGCUGAUAGACCUUUGUCAGAGCCUGUUCAGUGCUCACCUUGCUCUGUUGACUAUACCAAGCUUGCGACUCAUAUCCAGACCAUCGUUCCAGACCUCGACGUCUUUUGCCUUCGCAGCACUCACGACGGGUCACCAGAAGCCAUCCUUGCGCCUAAGGCUGAAGGUGCUAUUGACUCUGAUAUUGUCAGCAACAUUAGACAUCAAUUGGCAUCAAUUAUCGACAACUACAUGAUCCCUACCGAGAUUCACCUCAUGCCUCGACCAUUCCAGAAGGACUCAUCUGGGAACAUCGACGUCGAAGUACUCUGCGCAGAACUUGAGCAACUUCAAAUGGCUUCCAUGAAUGAACUAGCCGCCAGCACAGAAGGACUCGUCACCAAAGCCUUCGCCGAAGUCCUAUCCAUUCCACCCGCAGACAUUCCCCGCGACGCAGACUUCUUCAGUCUCGGUGGUGACUCACUUCGCGCUGGUCGACUUUUAUCGACGCUCCGUACCGAGUUCAGCAUCAGCCUCCCCAUCACUGCUGUCUUCAAUGGCGGUACCGUUACCUCCAUCGCUGCACACAUCGACAAGAUGCUCCAUAGCAAGACCGAUGAAUCUGACCAGCCCAGUGCUAUCUUCGGAUGUACCGAGACCUGCAGUUCCACCAACCCCUUCCUCAUGAUCCUCCAGCUCUUCCCCCUCGUAAUCUUCUAUCCCCUCCGCCGCGCCGUCCAAUGGACAAUCUUCUUCGUAACCCUCGCCCACUCUCAAAAACUCCCCACCAACCACUCUCUCCCCGGCCGCUUCCUCAACCUCACCGUCUCCAUGCUCAUCGCCCGCAUCAUCAUGGGCUUCGUAUCACCCAUCGUCGGCAUCAUCUGCAAGUGGCUCAUCAUCGGCCGCUAUCGCGAAGGGCUGUAUCCCAUGUGGGGAAUGUAUCAUACCAGAUGGUGGCUUGUGCAAAAGAUUGUUGCCAUCUGCGGCAAGGGCUUCUUUGAUGCGAAUGAGAUGACGGAGCGGAUUUACUGCCGGCUUAUGGGGGCCAAGAUUGGCAGGAAUGUCAAGCUUGAGGGCGCGGCGCUUGGGGAGUGGGAUUUGAUCGAGGUUGGUGAUGAUUGUAAUCUCACGAAAUGCAUCUGUCGACCUUUUGCUGCUGAGGGGAAUACGUCGUUGUAUCUUGGCCGCAUCGCCAUUGGAAGCAACUGCUCUGUCGGGAUGUCUUCUAUCGUUGCGCCUGGUACCAACAUGCCGCCUGAUACAUGCCUAGGCUUCAACUCAUCCAGCUGGGAGAUGCAGGACGCAAGUGAAGAGUAUAGAGACCAGCUUCCAAGCGAGAAGCCCAAGCCUCACUGGGUGUUGAACCUGCUUUUCACCAUGCCCCUUAAGCUCAUCGGCUUGUUCCUCUCUGCAGUCCCUUGGAUGGCCGGUCUUGUAGGCAUGGUCACUACACAGGGUCAAAAGGUUAACCACAAGGCUCCAUUGAGGAGCAGUGUGGACUGGUUCACUCAGCCUAACCGAAUCGCCUACCAUUACCUCGCGCUUGCUCUUGGAUGCCUAUUCGGUCCAUUCUUUCUCUUCGGGUUCGUCGUCUUGGUCAAGUCUGUACUAGACUGCAUCUUUAGAAAACUCAAAGCCAAUUCGCGAUCCACGGUGGAUAUCUGGAGAGCGAACUUGAUUAAGACGCUGUUGCCUGAGGGGAAGCUUCACCGGAUGACUUCUUUGUUUGGGCAGCACUAUGAGGCUACGUCUAUUGCUUUGAGAAUGCUUGGGGCCAAGAUUGGUGAGCGCGUCUACUGGCCUGGCACUGGUCCCAGUAUCGGCGACUACCAUCUCAUCGACGUUGGCAACGAUGUAGUCUUCGGCUCGCGUUCUCACCUCGUCACCUCUGAUGGAAUCGGGUCUGAGAAGGUCACCAUCCAAGACCGUGCCAUGAUCGCUGAUCGCGUUUGUCUUCUCCCUGGCGUCGCAGUUGGCGAACGGACUACCAUGGGAUCCGGUGCCGUCACUAAGCGAAACGGGAGCUAUGCCUCUGAUGGUACCUAUGUUGGCUCCAAGGCAGGAGAUGCAGUCUGUUUGUCAACUGGUAGUGACACAAAGGUCUCUCGGUCUCACAUCCGCAACAUGCAGUCUGAGGAUACCCUCACCAACGACAAGAAGUUCAACGACGAGAAGGAACGCCCUGACACACAGCCCAGCAUCACAUCUGGAAGCGAUACCGAGGGCAGUGACGGCAAAGGAGACUGGGCACAGCAUCUCUCUCCAUUCGGUCGAGCUUUCUAUCUAAAGCUAGCACCGUACCAUGUCCUCGGCCCCUUCGCCAUCUUCUGCUACUCUACCUUCUUCACAGUCUUCACCGCUGUUUAUUGGGAUGUUCCCAGUGUCUCAUCUAUUCAGUUCGUGGGUAUCAUGUUCCGAAGCUCUUUUCCCAGGGGAAUGAAUGUGUGGUUCGACCUUGUUGCCAUCUUCUUGACCAUGUUGGCUGGCAUCGCCGUUCUUUCCACCAUCCAAUCCGUUCUCGCGCUUGCAAUCAUCAUUGGGUCCAAGUGGCUAUUGAUGGGUCGUCGCACGGCUGGUAACUACGAUUGGGACAAGUCUCCAUACUGCCAGCGCUGGCAGAUCUUCCUCGGCAUUGAGCGCCUGCGCCGACACUGCUACAAAGGCAAUGGUAUCCUCAACCUCCUUACCGGGACUCACUGGAUGGUGAUCUACUUCAAGCUCAUGGGUGCCAAAAUCGGCAAAGACUGCGCACUCUUCGUCAACGGUACCCCAAGCCUCAUGUUCACGGAACCUGAUCUAAUCACCCUUGGCGAUCGCGUUGUCGUUGACGAUGCCAGUGUCGUCGCACACAUCAACACACGAGGGAAGUUCGACUUGAACAGGGUUGAGAUUGGCGAUAGAUGUGUGCUCCGAACAGGAAGUCGACUUUUGAGUGGUGCGCAGAUGAGGAGUGAUAGCUGUUUGCUGGAACAUACGCUUAUCAUGGGUGGCGAUGUUGUCGAGGAGAGAAGGACGAUGCAGGCCGCUAAGCUAGCUGCGAGCUGGCUCAAAAAUAUUUUAAUCGGCAUCUCAGUUUUGACCUUUUCUACCGUCGUCUUCUUCGCGCUACACACAUCGCCUCACCUCCCGUUCCGACCGAACAAUAUUCAGAAUUCAUGGCGCCUCGCCGUAUUGCUACCAACCUUUGAUGGACAUUUCCCUCAAGUUCUUCACUAUUUCCAAUCCGUCAAGUGUCUAUGCGUCGAUCAUGACAAAGUGGACUGGCACAUCAUCGUAUCCAACACUGCCGAAGUCGAAAGCCUUACCCAGCUACUUUCGACCCUUGAGCCCUGCAACCAAACAUUCAGUCGGUGGAAAACCCCAAAGGACAACGUUCCUGGAAAGAAUCCCAGUUUCAAUAUCGUGAACCUAUACGACAUCCUCCCAGCCAGACUCCGAACGGACCUUACCCCCGAAGACACCAGCGCUUUGUUGAAAAAGUUUGAUAAAUACGCCUAUCAAUCGCUCAAAAAGAUGUCUGCGGCGGAUCAUUUUGACUACGACUUCGCAAUGUGGCUUGAUUCCGAGGCGAUAUUCGUUGCGCCCGGCGAAAUCAGAGACAUCUUUGAGGGGCAUAUGCGGAACCCCAUCGUCUGGCGAUCCAGAAUGUCUUUUCAAGACCGCGAGAAGUUUUUGAUGAGCAAAGCAGCAGCAACUCUGGGGCGGUCUAUUAAUUCUUUUGGUGAUCAGCUUUGGUUGCUGGAAUCUCUCCAGUGGAUCAUCGAAAAGCCUAUAUGGAAUGACAUGGUCUCGUCCAUUGAGAUGGCUCACGGUGGAAACUUUUGGGAUAUUUGGAUUGAGAAUUCUUACCCUUUUGAACUGCUGGUUUAUUACCUGCACAUCAUCGCACGCAAAAUGGAAACAGUCAAUUCGAUAUUUUCGAAUUAUCGCAUUCUGGAAACAGAGCGUGAGCUCAUUCGUUUUGGACUAGCAGAAUCUAUCUCGGCCAUGGAGGGUAGAAGAGGAACAGGGUUUAUGGAAAGGCUACCUCAUCUCAUCACGAAACCGCAUUCAGUUUUAGCACCGAAUUUGGUGGCAUUCUGUCGGAGCUAUUCUCUUCGUGCGUUGCGAAUGGAUAACAUGGACAACUUUGAAGAUAGUGCCCUAGACAGGUUUCUGAUCGAUGGAGACAUCAAGAUGUUGGUGUCAGGAGCCCCAGAUAUUCACAAGUGGUGGGAUGAUCGGAUAAAGAAUGGCGAUGCUAUCAAUAACACACAGACUAAUUAUAGUUAA